AUAACGAUCAACUUAAUAAACGUAUUCUACAUAAAUUCAUGAUUUUAUAUAUUAAAUUUAUCAUUAUUUGAUAAAAAUUUGAGUUUGUGUUGCAUUUUUAUGAUUCAUCCCUACUACACAUGUGAUUGCAGAUUAUUCACGACAUCGUUUAUAAGGCACAGGACAUCACCAAUAUGACGGGGGAACAAUUAUCAGAAUCAGACGAUUCAGAAAAUACAAAAGAAUUAAGAAGGAACGAACUUAUAGGAAAAUUAAUACUCUCAAUAGUUAUAAUAAGUAUUAAUUUACACCAGGAACAAGUCAAAGCAUUAUCAAGCCAUUUUCAAGUCGGAUUAAAUAUUAAUCAAGAAAAUGUUGGACAUUUUCUUAGCAAAUUGAACACAUAUAGAGUUGUUUUUACUUUCCUGGGAUUUGCAUCAAAAGAAUUUAGUAUGCUUGUGCUUGGUUUAGGCGAUCGUUUUUUAACUUUAGGAGGAUUAACAAUCAUGUCAAUUGAAAGAAUACUAAUGGCUUAUGAUAUGUUAAUACCAGAUGACCUAGGUUUCAUCCUUUACCUUUAUUCAAAUAUGGAUGCCCUUGUUUUUGGUCAUGUUUAUAGUUCAAUCAUCUCUCUUGCUCCCCAGCACAUGACAUUUAUCAGACUAUCCAACGAUAUGUCCUGUGUAGUUGUUACCAUAAUUCAGACCAUAUUGGAUGUGAUUUAUAAGGACCAAUCAUUGAAAAUCAUUCAAAUUCAAUUUAUAAUUUCUGUUGUUUUAACAGUAGUUUCACUAUUUCUCUGGUCUUAUUAUAUAUUUUUUUUAGAAUUCAAAGGAUAUGAAUCUAAUCUAUCAUACGGAAUUAAAAUCAAUAUCUUGAUAGAUUCUUUUAAUGAGUUUUGUUCAAAUAUAAAUUCUUUUAUUUCCACGUUAAACGAAUCUGUUGAAACAUUCUUAUCAUUUAAAAAAGCAGAAAAAAGUAUAAGAUCAUUCUUUAGGCAACUAGAAGGGCUGUUGCUUGAACUUAAAGAAUUAGAAGAAAAAAACACAACUAAUAAGGGCUUAAAAACAGAAGCUAAAAAAACAGUUCCGAAAUUAAGUUCGAUAGAUAAAUUUGAUCAAAAAUUAUACGAGUUAAUUAUAGAUGAUGCAGAUAAAAGAGAAAAAAUGAAAACAUUCAUCAAGGAAGCCUCCCAAGACUUUAUAAAUAAUAGAGAAAAAAUGGAAAAGCUAAAAGUACCUUCUGGAAUUGAUAAUUUAUUAAAAAAAGUUCUAGAAGAAAUAAAUAACGCCCAUACGGGAUUCAGAGAACUAGAAACUGUCUUUAACACCAUUGAGGAAGUGAUUGAAAUUAUGGAAAAUGAAAGAAUUCGUCAAGAUCUAAAACUUGAUGAAGUUAGAGUUAAAUUCACUUUGUUGUUAGAUGAACUCAUGGAAUACAUAAUUAGCAAACCAAAAAAAUCGCAAGGGGAAGUAAAGGAGCGAAGGGACCAAAUAAUAAAUAUAGCUGAUGCAAUUCUAGCUGAAAUACAAAAUUUUAAUACAUUAUUUGAACAAAUGAUGAAUAAAAUUCCUCAAGAUAAAAUUAAAAAAAUAAAGAAAAAUGAUAAAAUAAGUUUGGUAAGAAAAUUACAGUAUGAAGAACUUCAACAUGGAUAUUUUAGUCUCUUGGUAAUAAUGAGUUCCCCAAUUAUUAUGACUUUAUCAACGUUGCUUGUAUUCGAAUUUCUAUAUCCACAUGUGAUUCCUUAUGCAGUAUUAGAUUAUGACAGGGCUAUAGUUGUAAACUUGAUUGUUGUUCCAUUUAGAGUUUGUGGUUCAUUAACAGUAUUUCUAACUGAGUAUUUUGUGAGUGGUUUUAAGUCGUGGACAUGGCAAUACGAAUUAUUUUGGAUAUUAAUUAUUCCUCAAGUCAUGGCAUUUUUGUUAUCAUUAAUGGCAAUUCAUACAGAAGUGUUAAUUUUUAGAAUGAUAGUUGGCAAAAUAUUCUUAGUUAUGAUAAUGGCUGUUUUGCUGGUCCUUUGCAACAGCAUAAUGGAAUCAUUUAGUUAUAUGGCAGUAACAAAUUACGUAGUUAAUAAUAGACAAAGUAGCGGAUUAAUCGCAGUUCAUACAAUAAUAAUUGAAAUUUUACGUUUAAUAAUCAAGAAAACGGGGGUUGGUUACAAUGAAGCAAGAAUUAGAUAUGGAUUGGUACCUCCAGAUUUUGUUCCUACAAGGGAAAUCAGAAAUCCAAUUCUUUUUUGGGCAAUAGAGACAUUUACACGAGGGGAUCAAAGUAUAGUGAGGGAUCUGAAUGUUGAUGUAAGAAGAUACGUUAAUACUGAAUGAUCAUAUAAGGAUGGAUUGUGGAGAUAAUAAUGGUAAUUUUAUGUUUUAUAAAUUAUCAGUUGGAUAUAACGACACUAGGAUUCGGUAUUCUGGCCACAAUUUGGCCAGGAAAUGGGACAAAUUUUAACCAUGGUUUGGGGAAACCAUUAAGCGUGCCUUAUUGGACACUAUCAUGGAUUUCAAAACCAAUAUUAAACAUUAUAUAUAAUGUUUCGCACUUUAAAUUUUACACAU